AUGAAUAGUCCAGUUGCAAGUCACGAUGCACAGGUUGCUCAAACAAAAAAAGAUCAAACCUCAUUUAAUCCAAACAGUUGGUCACACAUUACAAUUGUAGCUGAACAACGUACUCGUCCACCACCGUUACCACCAACCACAACAUCAAAUGUUCAACAACAACCGCUAUCGUCAGCAGAAAUUGGUAAAUUAGUUUAUUAUAUACAACAGAAACAACAAAAAUCGUUGGAUUUAGAAGUUAUUGAAUAUAACACUGCUACAAAAAUCAUAAUAGAUUUUUAA